UUUCUCGAUUCUUGGCAUCUUCAAUCAGAUCCCACUCUCCACUUGCUCCAUCCGACGCCCCAGAAUCUUCCUCCUUUCUCCAUAUAUUUUUCUCCGCCUUCUUUCAUUCCCAUUACUUCAUAAUCCAACCAAAAAAACAAAUAGAAAAAAAAAAGAGACAAUCUAUAAACAAUAAAACCAUGAACAUGUUGGAAUCUCCGCUUGAAGCUCUAGCCUUUGAUUAUGUCAGCUUCGGGAUUUUCGGUGUAGUGAACAAUAUCUGGACGUGGGUCGCCGUCGUAACGGCCGCCGUUAGCUUCUGGAAGAUCAAAACACAAGUGAAGCCGGCCCUGCUGCAACAUCGAAAUGAUCGAAACCCAAGUGGGUCUCAACAACCGGUUCCCGAAAUCCCCCCGGCUGAGUCGUCGCCUGCACGCGUUGAGCUGGCAGCUUCAGCUUCUCCAGCUACGGCUAGUCCUUCAGUUGGCGACGUUGACGGUGUGACAAAAGGAAAGUUUACGUUGUAUUAUCGUGAGGAGAAAGAGGAACUUGACGGUGAGAUAACGGCAGUUGAAGAAUUGUGGGAGGAUAAUUUCAGGGGAGGAGAGUGGUGGGAGAGAAUGACGAGAGUGAGAAGGGCUGAGUUGGGAUGGUAUAGUUACCAGGAUUUAACGGUGGUUAACGGCAACAUUGUUAGGUUAUGGGAUGAGUGCAAGAUCAGGGAAAAGAGGUCCUGUUGCGAUCAAAACGCAGUGUUUAAUGUUGCAUUUUAAGCUUCAAUCUGGUGAAUUUCCAACACUUUUAUCCCAACCAUUACUCAGUUCUAAUUUGGAGGAAAUUUGCUCAAGCAACUGCAACUACAAUCAACAGCCAACGCAAGGCCAGCAAUCAAGGAUUGCUUUCUAUCCGUCUACAGACAAGAGACGAGGUUGUGAGACUGCCCUUUGCUUGGUAGAGAAUCGGAUAUUUUUGUUAUAAUAAAUAUUUUCUUUUAAUUCAAUUUUAAUAUGAAUAAAUCUUUGUAACCAUAUUUGAAUUAUAAAUUCUCUUAUUAUUCUAA